CUCUCUUCUGCACCCCUCUCGCUAGAAUGCCCACCCCACCUUUGAAUCAAGACAUCUUCAUCUCAGACAGAAAAUUCGAAGAAUCCCAGAUUUUCUUUUGUUUUUCCGUGAGGAUUGAUGAUCUCCUCAUCCUCUGUUCUUAGCCUAUUUCCUCCGAUUUCGGUUGGUAAUGUCUCGUAGAUAUGAAAGACAAGCUCCGUUCUCAUCUCUGGUUCCAUCUCGUUUACAUUUGCGUCGCAUUGAGCAUCCUUCAUGUUCUAGGCAAAAGUUCCGGCACCAAUUCCCAGUCAUAUGUGAUCGCAUGCGGAUCUUCCAGUCGAGGAACCGAUUCGGACGGCCGAGUCUGGAUGCCAGACUCCAAGUUCCUCGUCUCGUCGGCCGAUUCGGUUCCUGCCGCAGCCGCAUUCCAGGACCCUUCUCUGCCUUCCACGGUCCCCUACAUGUCUGCCAGGGUCUUCACCUCUCAAGCCUCCUACAGAUUCUCAGUUCCGUCGAAGACUCGGGUAUGGUUCCGGCUCCAUUUCUACCCUUGCACUUAUAGCAACCUCGAUCCGUCGGACGCCUAUUUUGGGGUCACGGCGAAUGAGUUUACGCUCAUGAACAAUUUCAGCGCUUCAAUCACGGCCCAAGCACUCACGCAGGCAUAUAUCAUCAGAGAGUUCUCCCUCCCGCUUGUCGAAUCCGGUGACCUCAAUAUCACUUUCACGCCUACUGUGGCACAUGACGGGGCCUAUGCAUUCAUCAACGGCAUUGAGAUGAUUCGGAUGCCCGACAUAUUCGAGCAGGCGACGAUGGUCGGGUUCAGCGAUCAGGCCGUCACUGUCGACGUGUCUUCUUUGCAGACAUUGUAUCGGCUCAAUGUGGGUGGACAAUACAUUCCACCGACCAAUGAUUCCAGCCUCACGAGGACAUGGUACGACGACACUCCCUACCUAUUCGGUGCUGCGGCCGGGGUCACUUCCGAGGCGGACAAGAAUGUGAAAGUUCAGUAUUCUCCGGAUGUUCCGGAAUAUAUUGCGCCCUUAGACGUGUAUAGCACGGCGAGGACGAUGGGUCCGGAUCCGAAGGUUAAUCAGAACUACAACCUCACCUGGGUUUUCCAGAUUGACGCGAAUUUUACCUAUGUCGUCAGGUUUCAUUUCUGCGAUUUCCUACUUAGUAAAGUUAACCAGCGGGUGUUUGAUAUCUUUGUGAACAACCAAACGGCGCAGGCAGCUGCCGAUGUUAUCGCGUGGUCCGGCUCCGAGGGAGCACCAGUCUAUAAGGAUUUCGCCGCUUAUGUUAGCGAUGGCCCCGGCGACGAGCAACUGUGGGUGGCUUUGCAUCCGAGCGCUUCGAUGAAACCCGAGUACUACGAUGCCAUCCUGAAUGGAUUAGAAAUCUUCAAGAUCAAUGAUAGCAACGGGAAUUUGGCUGGUCCUAACCCGGUUCCGUCGCAAAUGCUUGUCCACGCUGAGGCCGAGGCGGCCAAGAAAUUCGCUCCUUCGGGUCAUUCGGGCACCGGCCAAGUGAUUGGCGGGAUCGCCGGAGGGGUUUUAGGAUUCAUUGUAGUUGUUUUGGUAUGCCUUUUCGUCCGGCACCGGAGGAACGUGGCCAACGGAACGGAAUCUGGAGUUGGCAAAUGGUUACCGCUCUAUGGAAGUUCACAUGCUUCAACGACGAGCAAAUCAACAAUUUCUGGCAAGAGCAAUGGCAGUAGCCACCUCUCGUCACUCGCGGGAGGCCUGUGCCGACAUUUUUCCCUGUUCGAGAUCAAACAUGCUACCAAAAGUUUCGAUGAAUCGCGGGUCAUCGGAGUGGGAGGAUUCGGGAAGGUCUACAAGGGCAUGAUCGAUGGAGGGUCGACCCAAGUCGCCAUCAAGCGAUCGAACCCUUCUUCGGAACAAGGAGUUCACGAGUUCGAGACCGAGAUCGAGAUGCUCUCGAAGCUGCGGCACAAGCAUUUGGUCUCUUUGAUCGGGUUCUGCGAAGAAGACGGCGAGAUGAUCUUGGUAUACGAUUACAUGGCCAACGGCACUCUCAGGGAACACAUAUACAAAGGCAACAAGCCGCCGUUAUCAUGGAAGCAGAGGUUGGAGAUCUGCAUUGGCGCCGCCCGCGGGCUGCACUACUUGCACACCGGAGCGAAGUACACGAUCAUCCACCGCGAUGUGAAGACGACCAACAUCUUGCUGGACGAGAAGUGGGUGGCGAAAGUCUCUGACUUCGGGCUAUCCAAGACCGGGCCGAACCUCAACCAAACGCACGUCAGCACCGUCGUGAAGGGCAGCUUCGGGUACCUGGACCCCGAGUACUUCAGGCGGCAGCAGCUCACCGAGAAGUCCGACGUCUACUCCUUCGGGGUAGUCCUCUUCGAGGUCCUGUGCGGCCGGCCCGCCCUCAAUCCGAGCCUGCCCAAAGAACAAGUCAGCCUCGCGGACUGGGCUCGCCACUGCCACAGGAAAGGGACCCUGGAGGAGAUCCUCGACCCGCACAUCAAGGGGCAGGUCAGCCCGGAGUGCUACAAGAAGUUCGCCGAGACGGCCGAGAAGUGCGUAGCCGACCGCGGGCUCGACCGGCCGUCCAUGGGGGACGUGCUGUGGAACCUCGAGUUCGCGCUGCAAUUGCAGGAGAAUCCCGGUGCUGCCAAGUUCGAAGCUGAACACGUGGACGCGACCGCUGUGAGCGGAGAGAAUCAGGAUUCAAAUCCGAAUGCAGCGUUUUCGCAGCUAGUGAAUCCUAGUGGAAGAUGA